AUGGGACAAGGACCCUCGAGCCCUAAGCCAGGCUCCCCUCUCUUUAUUGUCUUACGGGACUUCAAACAAUAUCGGCGUAUAGCAGAAGGUUAUGGGUUUCAGGUUACUAAAAAGAAAUUAGCUCUCCUUUGCCAACAGGAAUGGCCCACCUUCGAGGUAGGCUGGCCCCCGGGGGGUACGUUUGACGUCUCGGUGGCCGGCCGGGUCAGGGGAAUUGUCUAUGGUAUACCUGGCCACCCCGAUCAGGUCCCCUAUAUCACCGCCUGGAUUGAUUUCAAACCCCCUUCGGGACCACUACAGGUCCAGGCCCUUUCAAAACUAAGACCAGGAACGGAAUCAAAGACGACCUUUAGCCGCAAGCCUCCCAAAAGUCCUAAGGUCGUCACACAGCUUACUCCUGUCUUACCACCCCCUGAUUCUGACCCCCUAGAUCCAGCUGAGUACUCCCAGUCCCAGGUUUCAGAUCCACCCCCGUACCCAACCUCAGGGUCUCUGAGCCCCUCAGCCCCUCCUCUGAUAAGUCCACCCCAUACUCGAGCAGGUGCUCCUUAUGGCCCUUCUAAUUCCAGUUUGACCCCAGAUUCCACUGUGUCAGCGUUUCCCCUGCGGCAAGUUCCUUCCCCUCCCGGAGAAUCAGGGAGACCGUUCAUGGUAUAUGUUCCCUUCUCCACCAGUGAUUUGUACAAUUGGAAACAGCAAAACCCAUCCUUCUCUGAUAAGCCCCAGAGCCUAAUCUCCCUCCUAGAGACUGUCUUUUAUACUCAUCAGCCCACCUGGGAUGACUGCCAGCAGCUCCUCCGGGUUCUUUUCACAACCGAGGAGCGUGACAGGAUUCUUUUAGAAGCCAGGAAGGGAGUUCUGGACCCAGAUGGACAUCCCUCUACUGACCUGGGGUGCCGCAACCACAUCUUCCCUGAGAACCGGCCCGACUGGGACCCCAACACUGAUCGCGGUAGGGAAGCACUGGACAGGUAUCGCCAGUUAUUGCUGGGAGGGUUACGGGCAGCAGCACGGAAGCCAACUAAUAUGUCCAAAGUCAGUGAGGUUAAACAGGGCAAGGAUGAGUCCCCAGCUGCAUACUUAGAGCGCCUCUACGAGGCAUAUCGAACCUACACCCCUAUCGACCCAGAGGAUCCCAAUAACCGGAGAGCCAUCGUAAUUGAUUUCGUAGCCAAUUCAGCUCCGGACAUCCGUCGGAAGCUACAGAAACUUGAAGGUUUUGAGGGUAAAAAUCUGACUGAACUCAUGGAAGUGGCCAAGCGGGUGUUUGACUAUCGUGAAGAGACUCAAGACAAGCAAACUCGCACGGUCGCAAGGGCGGUAGUGGCAGCUUUAGCACAGGUUCCAGGGGAGGCUCAGAAGCAAGGGUGGAAAGGAAGGCGGGAGGGGCCAAACGCUGGGCGCCCCUAUAAGGGUAAAGGCUUGGGAAGGCCUCCUUUAGCUCGGGAUCAGUGUGCUUACUGCAAAGCCAUGGGUCAUUGGAAAUCUGAGUGCCCUAAUCGCGGGCUGAAAGAGAAGGGGUGCCCCGGCUCAAAGUCCGUUGUGACUCUUGACCCCCUGGAGCCGAGGGUUACUCUCAGUGUUGGGGGUCAACCUGUCUCAUUCCUAGUCGACUCUGGAGCUGCGGCAUCGGUCCUGAAAUCCCCACUGGGCUCCCUCUCAUCGUCCACUGUGCAGGUCCAGGGAGCUACUGGACGAAAACAGUCUGUACCCCUCACCACUUCUCGGGAAGUCCGGUUAGGGAAGGGCCUAGUCUCCCAUUCUUUUCUAGUAAUGCCUGAUUGCCCUUACCCCUUGCUUGGCCGAGAUCUCCUACACAAGCUUCAGGCUAUCAUUUCCUUUAAGGGACCUAACCCCACUCUCGGGUUUAACCUGCCACAACUUGUUCUCACCUGCCCGUUGUCAGAGGAGUCUCGCCUCCUCCCCCUAACGUUUUCCCCAGACCGCCCCUCGACCACCUCCACCCCUACCUCCCUAACUCUGUUGAACCAUUUCAAAGGCUUGGUUCCUGGAGUCUGGGCUGAGACCAACCCGUUUGGUCUAGCAGGACACCAGCCCCCAGUGGUGGUCCAGCUCUCGUCCACAGCAACCCCUGCGCGUGUCCAACAAUACCCGUUGACUCGAGCUGCCCUUUUGGGCAUCAAGCCUCACAUCGAUCGACUCUUGGCGGCAGGCAUUCUACGACCCUGCCAGAGCUCGUGGAACACCCCCCUACUUCCAGUUUGCAAGCCCGGGUCUGGAGACUUCCGUCCUGUCCAGGAUCUACGAGAAGUCAACGCCCGGGUGGAAACUGUACAUCCUACUGUGCCAAACCCGUACACGUUGCUGUCUUCCCUGGACCCUGCUCGGACUUGGUAUACUGUUUUGGACCUGAAGGAUGCUUUCUUUUCCAUUCCCUUGGCACCAGUAAGCCAACCUAUAUUCGCUUUUACUUGGACAGAUCCUAACACUGGGACAUCCUCUCAGCUCACCUGGACCGGGCUUCCCCAAGGUUUUAAGAACUCCCCUACACUUUUUGGCUCAGCUCUGGCCUCCGACCUGGCCGCCUUCCGGGUCUCGUAUCCGGAGGUCACUCUCCUCCAGUAUGUUGAUGACCUUUUGUUAGCUACUUCCUCUGAGGCAAUAUGCAAAGAUGCAACUCUCCACCUUCUCCAGCUGCUUGAAGCUUCCGGGUACCGUAUCUCUGGAAAGAAAGCACAACUGUGCUCUCAAUCCGUUGUUUACUUGGGUUUCACCCUUCGUUCUGGUCAAAGGUUACUGUCUCGGGGGCGUGUAGCUGCCAUUUUGGGCAUGCCCGCCCCGAGGGACCGCCGCGGGCUCCGGGAAUUCCUGGGGAUGGCUGGAUACUGUCGCCUCUGGAUCUUGGGGUUUGCCGAGGUUGCCAAACCCCUAUAUGAGGCCCUAACUGGUGAACCCACCCAAUUUGUUUGGGGACCACGGCAGCAGGAAGCAUUCGACAAGCUCCGAAAGGCGCUGUCCAGCACGCCUGCCCUCUCCCUGCCAGACCUGUCCAAGCCCUUCCGCCUCUAUGUGUCUGAGUCUCGAGCUGUGGCCAAAGGGGUUCUGACCCAGCCCCUGGGGCCCUGGAAUCGUCCUGUUGCCUAUCUCUCCAAGCAGCUGGACCCUGUGGCUUCCGGGUGGCCCUCUUGCCUGCGAACUGUGGCGGCCGUUGCCGUCUUGGUUAGGGAAGCCGCAAAGCUCACUUUCGGGCAGCCUCUUGAGAUUUCAGCAUCACAUCAUCUGGAACAGCUUUUACAUUCCCCGCCGACAAGAUGGAUCUCAAAUUCACGCCUGACUCAUUACCAAUCCUUACUCCUAGAUUCCGCGCGCAUCUCUUUCGCUCCUCCGGUCACACUCAACCCGGCCACCCUGCUCCCUGACUCCCCUCCUUCCUCCCCUAUACAUGACUGCCUGGACACACUGGACUCCAUCCACACGUCCCGCCCUGGACUUACUGAUGUUCCUUUAACAAACCCCGACCUAGUGCUCUUCACAGACGGCAGCAGUUUUGUUCAGGAGGGGAUCCGUAGGGCGGGUGCAGCCGUGGUCACUCCGGUUGAGACCCUCUGGGAUACCGCUCUACCCCCUGGCACAUCUGCUCAACGUGCUGAACUCAUUGCCUUAACUCAAGCCCUUAGACUCUCUGCAGGGAGGCGAGUAAAUAUUUACACAGAUAGCCGCUAUGCCUUUGCCACUGUUCAUAUCCAUGGAUAUGUAUAUCUCCAAAGGGGUCUGUUAACCUCGGCGGGAAGGGAGAUUAGGAACAAGAGUCAGAUCCAGGACCUGCUGGAUGCUGUCUGGCUUCCCAAGGAGGUGGCGGUAAUUCAUGUUCCUGCUCACACCCGUGGAACUGACCCCCAGUCUCUAGGGAACGCAGCAGCGGAUAAGGCUGCCCGAGCGGCUGCCUGCAAACCCUUGAUACCCGCUAUGGUCGUGGAACCUGAGGGGAUGCUUCCUGUCCAACCAUCUUAUCAAUCCAGUGAUCCGGAUGGCACCCCUGAAAAGGGGGGAUGGAGAAGACACCCAAAUGGCUUGCUAAUUCUGCCCAAGGCACUGUUGCUACCCCUAUUGAUGACUCUUCAUAGCCUUACCCACUUAGGCGGAACCCGGCUUUACGACCUGGUGAGCCGACACUUCUACAGCCCUGGGAUGAAGCAGGCGGCCGAGGAAGCCGCAAGAAGGUGCCUUGCAUGUGCCAAAGUCAACCCACGAUCACAAUCAAGGAUACCAACUGAUAGACCACGAGGAACAUUUCCUGGCGACCAUUGGGAAGUAGACUUUACUGACAUGGGAACUGGGUUGGGAGGGUACCGUUUUCUCCUUGUAUUCGUGGACACAUUUUCUGGAUGGCCAGAAGCAUUUCCAGUCAAAACUGAAACUGCAACCGUAGUGGCCAAAAAGCUGUUCUUUGAACUUAUUCCUAGAUUUGGCCUGCCGGCCUCGAUAGGCUCUGACAACGGCCCAGCAUUUGUAUCUGCAACAAUUCAAAGCCUAUCAAAGAUGCUGGGAUUGAAAUGGAAAUUGCACUGUGCAUAUAGGCCUCAAAGUUCAGGGCAGGUAGAAAGGAUGAAUAGAACUCUAAAGGAACACAUUGCUAAACUUAAAAUAGAAACUGGCGAUAGCUGGGUCAGUCUCCUUCCCUUCGCCCUCCUCCGGGCCCGGUGUACUCCCAAUUCCUCAACCCUCUCUUUAUCUCCAUACGAGAUCCUCUAUGGAGCCCCUCCUCCUAUUAUUCCAAGAGUAUCUGAAGCUAUUUCAGCCCCAGAUUUUACUAAUCCGACUCUUCUUAAGUCCUUCCAGGCUUUGCGUGAGGUCCAGAACGCUGUGCGCUCGGUCCUGAAAGCUGCGGGGAAAGAACCAGCCCCUGCAACCUCAUCGGACGCCCUGUCACCGGGAGACUGGGUCCUCACUCGCAAGCUUCCAGCUGGACCAGCCCUGGAACCACGGUGGACGGGCCCGUAUCAAAUUAUCCUCUGCAACCCCUCUGCCGUCAAGGUUGCCGGCCGCAAGGCAUGGAUACAUCGGUCACACAUCAAGAAGGCCCCAGAGCCCAACUCCACCGCCUGGACAGCAGAAGCAGUGUCCGACCUAAAGCUUCGACUCUCCAGAACUUGA